GUUCAAAACUGAUGCAAGGUUGAUUGCAACAGGCGGGUUUUAUGGACCCGGAAUUAAUUUUUACGAAUUUUGAGGAUUUAACCUACCAAAGUGCUCCAGUAUUUUUGUUCUUAUCACCAUGAAACACUAGUGUUUCCUGUAUCCCUUCUGUCAACAUUUUUAUUUUAACACAAAGUGCCUCUGAAAUGGUUAACUUUGAAGUUCUAGGAAGCUUCUGGUUAAUAAUAGCAGUAUUUGCAACGACAAAUGCUCUUGAUUGCAACAGUUUUAAACAAGAAUGGAUGAAGUUAAGAUAUACUAUGCUAACAGGAGUUCAUAGUUCAACUAUAAAUGGCCCAACGUCAAACAUUUGUCCUGUUACCGGUACUUCUUGUUGCGAUAUCAAUAUGGAGCGUGAAAUGUAUACAGUUGGCCAACGCCAAUUAAUAAAGCAAUGCAAUUCAUGGUUACAAGUGGCUAGAAAGAUGAGCAAUGAUAGUGCUUCACUUGAAUUAACUUUUCAAAUGGAUUUACAACAAGCUAAAGGACGGUUACAUCAAUUUUUCAGCCGGAUUUAUGGCUACAACUACAAAUUGCACAGAAAUUUCUUCUUUGGAUUUUUCACCGAUUUGGAGCAAUAUAUGGCUGGUCAAAGAGGUCAACUAGGCUUAUUAAUUAAAAAUUUCUUCAGUCAACUCCGUGACAGUAUUGUUAGUCUAAUCGAGAGAUCUGGACAAGUUACCUCUAAUCCUUCCUUUGGUAAUUCUGGCUCGGUAUCAUCUAGUGCCGGUUCACUUGGUAAUAAUGUUCCUGGCGUCGGGGGGACGGAUGAAGCUAGCGAAUCUCGGCGUAUUCGUUGUUUAUCUGAUAAGGUGGCACAGUUACGUCCAUUUGAUGAUGUCGAUGUUCGACUGCAUGCUCGUAUGCUUGAAGCCUAUCCACCUGCUCGUAUGUUGGUUAAUGUUCUAUCUGUAACCAGCAAAUUAUUAUACCAGCUUGUUGAUCAGGUUGUGACGCAAUCACAGUGUGUUUUGGGGAUUACACGUUAUCGAUUCUGUGCCUUAUGCAAUGCACAAUCACCUUCUAAUGUGUGUCCUGACAGUUGCCCACAAUUAUUAGCCAGUUGUUUACACGGUGAUGGGCCGAAUGAAGCACAGUUGGCGUAUAUUUGGCCUCAGUUAAUUGAUGCAAUUAUCAUGGCAACCAAUCGAUUGGAACGAUCAUUUAACUUUCCUGCAGUUAAUCGUAAUCUUCAAAUGGAGAUAUCUGAAGCGAUAACUAGUUUACAAACACGUUAUAGUGAAACAAAAUCUAAGUUUGAAUCCGAAUGUCGAUUCGGUUCUUCAGGUCGACGAAUGCCAACAUUAUUCAAUCCUAUUGGAUCUCAUAGUCAAGAUAAUCGUGUAAAUCAUUCAGAUAUCUCUCGAUGGCCUAUGAUGUCAGAUUCUAGUAGACAAUUGAAUCGGAUGGCUCGAUCACCAUCAUUAUCAUCAUCCUAUAGUCAGUCCUCAUCACCUGUUUCACAAGAAUUUCUUGCCUGGCAAACACGACAACAAAUGCCACAGAUGAUGCCUAGUAAUAAUCAUAAUCCGCCAAAAAUGGAUUAUGCUCAGUCAAUGAAUCAUCGUGACUGGGAUACAUCAGAUAAAGGAAAUUCUAUGAAUACUCCACAUGAUCUUGUUCGACAAGCUGGGGAAAUCAAACAAACUUAUUUAUCAUUACGAAAUCUAUUCAGUGGUCCAGUGGGUGGUGAUUUAUGCCCCAAUAAUAAUAAUUUGACAACAUCCAGUGAUGUAAAUUUGGCUAAUAGUAAAACUGCUGCAAACAAUUCCACUGGUGAUUGUUGGAAUCCACCAAGUCUACCAAUCACACCUCCUGAUCCAGGGAUUACACAGAUUCUAGCUCAGCUGUAUGAAGCUUCGAAAAGACUACACGAUGCAUCGUCAAACACUAAAGAUCCUGAUACAUUAGUUGUUCAACCGAUUCCUCGAUCGAAUUCAAAUGCUUAUUCUAGAAGUGGUCAAAAUAAUCCUUUAAAUGAUCCACUUUCAUCUAAUCAAUACAUAGCACAGGAUCAAUGGCAAGGACCUAGCCAAUCUAGAAUGCAUAAUUCAUAUGAAACCGGUGGAAAUUUUGGAAUUGAGAGUGGAAGUGGUAAUCAACCCAACACUUUACAGUAUCCAGGAGAACCACUGACUCAAAAUUUUGAGCAAUCAUCUAAUCAGUUUAAUAAUAUGUUCCCAGGAGAUCCGCAUAGUAAUAAUGAUCCUCGUUUGUACAAUUCGGCUUUGGAUCGUGAUAACAAGAAGACUAACGUCGCUUCUAACCGAUAUUCUAAUCAAAAACCUACACAACAAUGGCCUGAAAAACCAUCCACAGCAUAUAGUAAUAGUAAUAAUUGGGAUAAUACUGGAAUUGGAAGAAAUAAUUGGGAGUCAAGUGGAUCGACAGAUCUAAAUAUACCCAUUUUUCAGGAACUGACAACUCAAAGUGAAAUUAUUACUACCUCAGUAACUGUGCCGCAGACAACAACUGUAGCAACAACUCUAUCGGUUGUCACUCCUACCACUGUUUCACAAUCUACAACUACACGACCGGCUUCAACAUUAACUCCUGCACAUGAAGCAAGAGGCAUAUCGACUACUGAAACGAACAAUUUUGUUACUGAAACUGUAACAGUACAUACACCAGCUGUUGUAUCUACUACUUCUACAUUAGAUAAGCGUCCUUCCAGUACAGUAUAUAACACAGAAGCAACCCUAAAAUCUAGUACUUUUACAGAUUCAUUGUUAUCAUCUACUGAUCGGUCGAAUAAAUUCGGCUACUUACCAGAUGAUGAAGAUAACACACAAGUAGCCUACCAGACUCCUAACCCACAGAAUACCAACUCUUGGCAUCAACCUGACAGAAUUCCACAAGCACCUUUCCAAGAGGGUUCUGGAGAACAAGGCAGUGGUGACACAUCAGUCUAUGUACCGCAGUAUCAAGGAACAAAACCACUAUGGCCAUCAUCUGAUAGACAAUCUGUCAACCAAAAUGCUGCAGGAUUUGGCUACAAUGAAGAUACUGAUUAUCUGAGCCCUCAACCAGAUAAGAACUUACCUUUUUAUCAAAGUACACACAAACCUGUAGAAAAUCAACGAAAUUCAGGAUCCUGGAAUGUCCCUCCCGAUAAAUUAGCCUCAGGAUUUGUGGAGCAAGCUAGCGGAGUGAAUCCAAAUGCAGAAUGGAAUGAAGAUAAAAAUGACCUAAGCACCGGUUCGUCACAAUGGCAAGAUACACUGGAAGGUAGUGGAAGGAACAAUCAAGAAUUAGUACCAAAUCCGAUACCAGAGGAUUUGUCCCGGUUACAACCACCAAUCCAAACGACAGUGCCACCUAUACCUUCACGUGUUGAAAAUGUCCCUGGAAUCCUUCCGCAUCCACCCCUUCCACCUCCUGAAGUAUGGGUCCCAGCAAAACUAAGUCCCGGUCAACCUGCGUCACCUAUAUUGCUAAUACGAGAGUAUAGUGUAGAAGGACCACUCUACGGAAAAGAAGAUAUUACCUCACAUCCUUAUAAUUCAGCAUCUAUUCAGUCACUGUUGUUCACGUCAAUACUUUUACCUCUAAUUACCUUGUUUUUCUUCUAAAACGAUAACUUUACAGCUGCAGUUUUUUAAUGUACAUAGGCGCAUUUAAUAGCCUUUGCUCAAAAUGUAUUUAAACGUAUCUUGUUAACAUUUAAAAGUGCUUUAAUCCUUUUCAUAUUCAUUUGCACAACAGUAACUUAAUCUUUGCAUUUACUUCAGGUAUUCUCAUCGGUUUGACAAUAAAAGCCUCACAAAUGUGGUUGUUUCGGAUGUAUAAGAUAGAAAAAUGUCAUAAAAUAAAAAAAGUUUAUUUGUUCUUUAUAUAUGAGAAAAGGAAAAAGUCAUCAACUCAGCAUAAUGUGACUAGAUACUAAUGUUUGUAAGAAAGUCUCUUGAUGCUACUGCAGAAGCUUCAUCUAGAGGAACCCAUGGAUUGCUUGAAUCUGCAGUACAUCGAAACUUUAGAGGACCAUCUUUGAACCAAGUUAGGGAAUUAUGGUGGAAGAACAUCAAACGAUUUAUAGCGGCUUGACCUUCAAAAAAUGUCGGAGGUUCUUGAUCAGGAGUUGUAGAUUUAGCUCGCAUUUGUUCAAUCGACAUAUUCGGACUCACAGAACUUGGACGAACAUAUGCGAAAGGAUUUACAAACAGAAUACAGUUUUCAGGAUCGAAAACGUUUGUUAUUUCCCCUGAAUACGGAGAAUAUAAGCGCGAAAGCCUCAAAGCGGGAACAGGUCCACGAGCUUUCCAGCCUAUGCAAGCAGGGUUCAGUCUGUCUGGUAUAAUGUCGUAAAGAACACCCAUUAUAGCAGGGUAUGUGUUCUGUGUAACAGUUUUUAUGUUGUUCUCUGCAAUACAGCAUACUCCAAGUUCAUAGGUGCAGUCAUUGCAAACAAGUGACAAAAGUAUCUCGUGUAGCAUCGACCGGUACAGGUUUUGUGGAUCUGGAAAUCCUCCAACUAUGUGGACUUUAGCGGUAGUAGCAUUAUCAUUGGAAAACAAAAACUGUUCAGUAUUCUUGAAGAAUGACUUCACGCGCAUUGCUGUGUCUAAAUGUCCUAUGCAGCAUCUAUUAGCACUGCGCAGGAUAACAAUGUAACAGGAUGUUGCAUCGUCAGAAGAUACAUAUCUAGGAAUAUUAUCACCCGUACUAGAGCUUUUGGUUGCAUUCAACGAUAUAAGAGCCAUCUCUCCUUGGUGCACAUAGACCGAAGAAGAGCCAUCUUGAACAUUGACUGAAUUUUUCCUUCUGAAUUCUUCUGCAAUACACUUAAUGUGUGGGUUUGACAAGAACCAUUCAGAAAAUAUCAACAAUGACGACUUUUCACAAUGAUACUUCUGUCCGGCGAAAAUAAGCACCAUCUAGAAUCCCACCUAACCUAAAAAC